GGUGGUGGCCGUGGUGGUCUUUCCCUCCAGGACAGGAAGAGGAACAGUAGCACAGGACUGGACACAAUAACAGGAAGAGGAAGUGGGCAGUGACCUUUCUUUCUUUUAGUUUUUUUUUUUUAGAAAAAAAUUUGAGGGGAGGACAAGGAGGAGGAGAACCUGUUGGUGCUCCCAAAUUUCUCCUCGAGUUGUUCUCUGGAAGUGUGUUGAGAGGCGCAUCAUCAAUUCACUUGGAGGAUUCAGAGUUUGGGAAGGAACAAAAUAAAUUCGACGGACAUUUGCAGAGAGAAACGCUACGGAAUCAGCAAAGAUUCACAAAGGAUUCGCGAGGGUUUCGGCAAGGAUUUGGUGGUUUCGGACGCUUCGGCACUGAGAGUCCAGAUCAUGGCUUUGCUCCGGCUAUGGACCGAGGGGCUUAUUCUGGCCGUCUUGGCUUGGUCCGUCUCGCCCGGCGUUUCUCAGGACUCUGCAGUGGGAUCGGGGAGGCGGCGAGGAGUUGCCGAGGAAAUUGUGCGCAAGGAGAGCCACCCCGUCCUGUCGCGGAAGAAGCGAGAGUGGAUUUGGAAUUCGCUUUACGUGGAAGAGGAGAAACCGGCUCCCAUUCCCUACAAGAUCGGCCAGCUCAAGUCCAGUCAGAGAGUUGAGGUGAAGCGGUUUAAAAUCGAGGGCGAAGGCGCCGACGGGAUCUUCAGCGUGGACCUCAAGGGCGACCUGUUUGUCAGCAAGUCUCUGGACCGCGAGGAGAAGAGCGCGUACCACCUGACCGCCAGGAUGUACGACGGCAACAACAAACUCAUCGAGGACUCGGGAGACUUCGUGGUCCAGGUGACCGACAUCAACGACAACCGCCCCGUCUUCCCGAAAACUUACAACGGAUCCAUCAUGGAGAGGUCUACCAUAGGAACCAAAGUGAUCGAAGUGAGGGCGACGGACGCCGACGACCCCACCACCGCUAACGGCGAGCUACGCUACUCUCUGACGCCCGACGGCGACCUGUCUGCCUUUGAAAUCGACAGCAUCACAGGUAUGAUUAGCUGCAAGGUGAGCACUCUGGAUCGCGAGACUAAGAGUCAGUACGUGGUGGUGGUCCGGGCUCAGGACAUGAGAGGAAUGGCGUCCGGCAGCACGGCCACGACUUCCGUCACCGUCAGCGUCACCGACACCAACGACAACAUCGCCUCCUUCACCAGCCGGACGUACGAGCUGCAGGUUCGGGAGGACCACAAGCUGAACGCGAGGAUCGGCACUUUGAAGCUGGAAGAUCGAGAUCAGAUCCAAAACAAAGAGCCCGUCUUCUCUCUGCCCGUCGACAACAAAAUCUUCUACGUGGAGCUCGGCCCCAGCAAGGACGGCAUCCUCAUGCUCAGACAGGCUCUGGACUACGAGACAAGAAACAGUUACUCGUUCAGCCUGCAGGUGCGGGAAAACUUGCGAAACUUGCGCUUUCCCGCCGACAACGUGGCUACCGCCGUCACCUCAGCACAGGUGAACGUAAAGGUGUUGGAUGUGGACGAGCCGCCAGUAUUUUCGCUGCCAACGUACACCUUCAACGUGCCCGAAGAGCGACUGGUCAACAACGUCGGCACCGUCAGCGCCAGAGAUCCGGACAAAGCCGGCAAGAGCAUCCGGUACUCUAUCUUGGACAAGGAUUGUCCGAUCGCUAUCAAUCCGAUCACGGGGCAGAUGUCCACCCUGAGGACUCUGGACCGCGAGCUGGAGUCCAUGCACAUGUUCCAAGUUAAAGCCCAAGAGGAGCCAAGCGGUUUGGAGUCGUUUGUCAAAGUCAACAUCGUCGUGGGGGACGUCAACGACAACAAGCCCGAACUGGAUGUGGACGAGAUCUUUGUUUGUGAGAAUGAUGCCGCAAAGACAGUCAUCGGAACAUUGAGGGCCACCGAUCAAGACGACCAGCCGGCCUCAUUUUCUUUCAUUCUGGCCUCUCCGAGCUCCAACUUCUCCAUCAGAGACUUUGGCAACAACACCGCAGACGUGCUGGUGGAACAGGGACCGUUCAACCUGGAUGAUCCCAGAGAUUACAGCGUGGACGUCAGCAUCAGUGACGGCGGACGACCCGUCCAGACCAGUGUCACUAAACUGGCCAUCAAGGCGUGCCGUUGCGACGCCAGACGCAUCCCGACACACUGCAAGGCCGUGGCUCAGAAGAUGGGAGUGAGCGUCCACGUUCUCAUCGCUAUUCUGCUCUGCAUACUUACAAUACUGGUGAUCGUCAUCCUAUUUGUGAUGAAGAAGCGCUACCACAAAGACCCGCUGGCCGGCAUGAAGAACAGCGGCGAAAUCCACGAGCAGCUCGUCACCUACGAUGAAGAGGGCGGGGGCGAGAUGGACACCAACGGCUACGACGUCUCCAUCCUGACGUCGGCCUUCCACGAGGGCUCCCUCCUGCGCCACCCGGACUGCCUCCCCCACCCGUCUCUCUACGCCAUGGUCCAGAAGUCCCAGCCGCUCCCUCACCAGCACCAAGUGCAGCCCGCUUCCGCCUGCAAGGGCGACAUGGCGGCCAUGAUCGAGGUGAAGAAACACGACGCGGACCACGACCGCGAAGGCUUCCCGUACGACACGCUGCACAUCUACGGCUACGAGGGCCCCGAGUCCAUAGCGGGGAGCCUCAGCUCGCUGGGAAGCUCCUCCAGCGGCGGGUCGGACUCGGACUACGACUUCCUGAGCGACUGGGGCCCCAGGUUCAGGACCCUGGCCGAGCUGUACGGCGUGGACGAGUCGUACUACUACCGCUAGUUGACCUUUUCGCCAUGACGUCACGCGUACUUCCGGGUGGCAACAACUCACGUGACACCAUUAGUAAACCAACCCUUUCAUGUCAUUUGACCUCGGCAGAGUGAUUGAGAAAACGGUAGUAAAUUUUAGCUUUUUCUCUUGGCAAUUCUUGCGUUCUUCUCAGUACAACUAUUUACAACAUCCACUCCAUUUAUCCUCACCAACAGCCUCCCCUUGAUUCUUCAUUUAGAUUAUUUACUUAGUAGGGUUUAUUAUUUGUUUUUAUUUUUUUUAACGGAAUUGAAAAACAACUAAACCUUUUGGGAUAUAUUGGCAGCACAACCCCAAACACAAGUUUUCAAAUCAGCGGUAAUCAAUCACUUUUUCUGCCACCCGGCAGUUCCCUGGCGCCUAUUGUUUACAAACAUUCCGAAAAGGUCUAUAGUCUACAACUACAGCCAUAAAAACAUCCACAACACAACACACCUGAACAGGAACGGCAACAACAGCUGACUUGGAUGGCGUCACUAUUAUUGUUUCUGCACGCAGUGUCUCUUCUCAUCCAAUCGGAUCGAAGGAUGCCCCAUGAGGGGGAGUGGCCAAACGAGCACAAAGUUGCGAUUUAAGGACGCAGUGAGAGACAAUCCGAGUUGACGUCUGAGUGUUGUUUGUUUAUAUGGCGUUUUGGUUUUUUUCCCCCCCCACACACAUGCAAAAUGCCUACCUCAGUAGGUACACCUGCACCAUUUAAAGACAUACAAUACAAAAGCUUCAUGUCAAGUUAAUCACAGCCAGUUUUGAUUGAAGCUAUCCGAGGUAGCUUUCAGACUGGAUCCUAUUGGAUACCCACUAAACUUGAUCCACAUACUGCACAUACAGUGAAACAUGGUCAGGGUUUGUGAUUGCCUAUAAAGGCCACAUAAUGGUAGCAAAGGACGACUUAUGCCCAAAACGAAGCUCCUCAACUGACUUGAACAUAGUUUCUUGCCAUCAAGAUGCUAUCAGAUGGCGCCAAAGCAACCCUUUUAUGGCGGAUUUGAGUUUUUCAGCGGAUGAAAAAGGAUCAGUUCCCCCCCCCCCCCCCACCCCAUGCGAAUGCCGAAUCGCGAAUAUGCAGGGGCUCACUGUAAUAACCGUGUAUAUUGCUGAUUUAAGAAUUUAGCCCAGUGUUUUACUUUUGGGCUUUUUAAAUUUCAAAAAGCGAACAAGCAAAGGAUGUUUGAUGAGGAUUUUUUUUUUUUUUUUUUACCUCAAAUAAGCAUGAGCUCUACACUGUUACAUUAGGUAAGGAUUUAUUUUUGCUUUUAGUAAAAUUUGGCUAGUUUUCCUGAGUCAUUUGGUCCAUUUUGCCAGAUUAUCCACUGCGAGCAGAGAAAAAAAAAAAAAAAAAAAAAAGGUCAAAAUCGAGUGAUGGCAAAUGGCCCAGCGCAAUUAGCUACUCGGUGUUCCUGUGCUUUUUUUUUUUUUUUUCUUUGACACAAGCCAUCAUCGCGCUCAUUGUUUGGCGAGGAAAGCUCAACUCUCAGAGGCCUCCUUGCCACGCACAACUCAGGAAGCACACAGGAGCUCCGAGGUGCUUCAACUACUUUAACCUCUCAUCCCUCUGGCUACUGGCAGCUGGUGGAAGCUCAUCCAUAAAAAAUAUAUAAGAAAAAACAAAAAGCAGACAAUGGCUGACUGCCGUGGGAACAAAAAAAAAAACAGUGGACUGAUCCCAAAAAGUGUGACUCGAGAAAGUUUGAGGUUGUAGAUUAAGGUUAGUUCACCCAUGAAGUGAGAGAUCCAAGCGGUAGAAGCCGAACUGCGUAGUAAAAAGACGUUGGGCCAAACUCUAAAGUCAUUUUAGACCAGUCAGAAACCAAAAGAAAGUCAUUUCAUCGAUCUAAACAAACGUUUGUUGAUAUUUGAUAAACAGAAAAUUCCAACAUGUACUGAAGGGGGUUGUCUUGGCGGAGGUCUCCGCUCAACUGUGAAGAAUGCCGUUUUGUUUAUUGCUGUUCUUUCUUGAAGGCCGCCGUCACAAUAGCUGGAAGUCACUUUGGCGUUUUCUCGUCGGCGUUCACGUGUGAACUCGGGCUUCCCUCCAGCCUCCUUCUAAUCAGUGCUAAGCUAAACAGCGCUAAGCUGAACUUCCUGCCCAUCUGGGGGAGGGUUUGAGAGAGGCGGGCGAGGAGGGGGUGGUUAUCUCCCUGGCGGUCCGACACAUUGUUCCGACUUCCUGUUUCAGUGGGCCUGAUAAACAGUCUUGGAGAGGAAGGCUGAGGGGUUGAAGGUGAAGAAGGAACAUCACGAAAACAAUGAGGCCACUUGAAAAGUUUUCAAUGAGGCCACAUCAUGAGAAACACUCAACCUUGCUUUCUACUUUUAUAUUGAUACUUUUGUUAACCUUGUUAGUAUUGGACACAAAACAACAAUUUUGCAGAAUUUCACAACUCCUGCAAUCCCUCAUUUCUCUGUUGCUAAUCAAAACAGUAGCACCUUGUGAGGCAGGUAAACAAGCUCUAUGAGGAAUUCAAGCGUUGCAUUUUAGGGCAUGUUGUAAACAACGAGUUGCCUGCUUAAGAGCAUUAAACGUAUAUUCAAACACCAAAAUGUUCAAUCAAUCAAACCAUAUAAUUUCCUCUAACGAAGGUCCGCGAGCUUAACGCUGACACAUCAUGUGAAACGCCAGUGACGGGCGAACAGAAAUGAGCAUUGAUGUUACGGCAAUUGUCAACAAUUCUAAACAGCUGCUACUUAACACACAGAGCAGCAACGCAUACAACAAAAGAGAAUUCAACAUUGUAUAUGUUCCACCAAACCAUACAAUGUAAUCUUAACCGACGUCCGCUAGCUUAACGAACGCCAACGUCGGCUAAUGAAAAUGAGCAAAGUUGUGAUGGAAAUUAUAAACCUUCAAAGAACUGCUACUUUUUACACAUGGAGCAGCAACACAUGCAACAAGAGAACUUAACAUUGUACAUUCAAACACCUAAAUGUUCCACCAAAACAUAUCAUUUCAUCUCAAGAAAAGUCGGCUAGCUUAAUCCGAACUCCAACAGAUGGGCAAUUAUAAACCAUCAAACAACUGCUACCUUACGCAGCAGCAACACAUACGACAAAAGCGAAUGAAACGUUGUCAAUGUGCCAAGUCAAGACCAUAAGACCCAAAGAGGUCUUUGUUUGAGUCAUAAUAAAGGGCCGCCACUAAUGUGACAGUAGGGCAUUCAUUUUGCCUUUUGUCAAUCUCUCCCAUUAGGGUAUUUUCGGAAGAAAAUGGCCAAAUGUUGAGUUUGCUGAAAAAUCUACCACGCGGAAUUUUGUCUUGCUUUCUCUCGGGGUGAGAAAAUUAUUUGUUUUUCAGCCAAUUUAAGCACAGAAGAGGCGAGCGUAGAUGGACAAAUUGGCCAGCCAUUUUCUCUCGCUGGCACGGAACAUAAUGUGCGAAGAAAAAAAAAAAAAAAAAAAAAGUCGAACUGAGAGAGAGAGAAAAAACAACGUAAAAUGAAAUGUUUUGUUUUUUUCCCCUCACAUUUUCAGACAUGUUUACACAUCUUCGCUCCUCGAGUGUUAUUGACCAUUGAAGUCAUCUCUGCGGGUUGUCACGGCAACAGUGGAAACGACAAGCCUGUGCAGCGCUAAAAUUAUUGACGAGCUUUUAUUUGAAGGUAUAUUCUUGUUUUAAGUUCAAACAAUGAAAUUUGUCAUUGAGAUUUAGCUGAAAAUGUUGAAUACGUUUCGAUUAAUUACGUCAUUGUCUCAGGUUGGGAUGCGAACAUCAAGUUGUGUGUGUGUGUGUGUGUGCGCUCGCACUAUAAAAAAUAUGACUUAUUUUUAGUUAAUUGUGUUACUGACAAACUUUGACGUGAAAAACAUACAAAAAAAUGUGCCUCUCCUUGCGAUCUUUUUAUUUGUUAUUUCUAAGCAUUUAGUCAAUUAUGAUUUCCACACAAUCACUUUUCUAAGGCUGUAAAAAGUGUCAAUCGUCGGAUUUUUCUAUUUGAGAGAAGCAGGGUGACAACGUAUGAGUGCAAACGUUUUCUCGAUAAACUGUGAGAUUUAGUAGGAAUUUGUACAAAAAAAGUGCUACUGACAAAUUUUGUACUCGAUUAAUGAAAUCAUUCUUUCAAUGAAAAAACAUCAAUUACAAUACAAUUAUUUGAUUUAUUUAUUCAAGCUAAUUAUUUAAAACAACAAAAUGAUAUCAUUAUUUUUUUUUUUUAUAUAUAUUUGUUGGUUUCAUACUACAGUGAUUUCUGUGCAAUUUUUGUACAAAAUCACACUAAAUUUCAGUGAUAAGUGUAAGGCGAUGAUGAUCUUCACAAACAUUUAAAACUAUAUAUACUGUAUAUUAUUUGCUGUGUAAAUAGAGAAGACGCGUGCCUUCAUUAUGUCAAGAAAAUAAUACUGGAUUUUCAUUUUUUUUUAUUAUUAUUGUUUUUACUGUGUGUAUAAACUGCUUUUUAUUACCUGACAUUUUUGUAUGUGUACAAUAAAAAUAAACUUUGGAAACUUUCA